AAACUUCAGGCGGCGCCGACUGUGGGCUGAUUGACACCCGGGUCGCCCAAUGGCUUUGGCAGGGCGGGCCACCUGAUCCAAUCGGCAGCGGAGGGAGGCGGGGCUUGGCCCAGGCGCGGGCCCGGGGAUGGCCGGCCGCCCGCUGGAGGUGCCGCAGCACCACCGGCCGACCCAGGUGUGCCUCACCCGGCCCCGGUACCGGGAGGGCCGCCGGCCGCGGGCCGUCAAAGUGUAUACAAUAAAUCUGGAAUCCAGGCAUCUGCUAAUCCAAGGAGUGCCAGCUGUGGGAGUCAUGAAGGAACUGAUUGAACUCUUUGCUUUAUAUGGAACCAUUGAAGAAUAUUUUGUAUUGGAUGAGUACCCAGCUGAGGAAUUCACAGAAGUUUAUUACAUCAAAUACCAAAGGCUACAAAGUGCAAGAAUAGCAAAACGCAAACAGGAUGAGAAAAGCUUUUUUGGGGGUUUGCUUCACGUGUGUUACGCCCCUGAAUUUGAAACCAUUGAGGAUACGAGAGCGAAAUUAAAUGAGAGGAAGAGGUACAUAAUGAGAACAACAGGCAAUAAAGGUGCAGGCCUGUAUGUGGGAGAAAAAGAUGUUGGGAAUCCAGUUAUGUCACCAAAUGUCACAAAGGGAAAACUUUCCGAAAAGCCUGAACAAUGUGAAACUUCAAAACUCAAUCAACAAGAAUGGAAUACAGAUUUCUCCAUGUAUGGUUAUCCAAUGUUAUUGCCUCCACCACAGGAAGACAGUCAACUGUCUUCUUCCAAAUCAAAGUUCAGACAAGAAUAUCCACAAAUGCCUUCAUCACAUGAAACAUUACCUAAAGAUGCCCCUUGUAUGGACAACAGUUUUGAAUCUGAAUUACCUUCUUUUCCCAAGCAACAUUUGGACAAAUCUUAUGAUUCUAGGAACUCUUGGAGUUCAGAAACAAAACAACAAGUCUCUAACAUUAGAACUUGUGCCUCCAGAUUUGUUCCCAGGAAUACUCAGCUGCAGGUCAGGAAGAAAAUAAACCAGCAAAUGGACAUUAAUAUAUUUGACGAAUUACCUGCUGAUAAUACCACAGUAAUAAUAGGACCAAAACGUCCAGAAAUACCAAAAGUAGACAUGGGAGAUAAUUCUUUAAACAUCUCUGCUUCUUUGAUCCGAAAUAAACUUACAAAGGUAUUGUCUGUCCCUACAACAGAAGCUGAAGAGAUACAUACAAAACCUCCAAAGCAACGUCGGAGAAUCUAAAGAUAAACUCCCUGAAAAUAGAGAAUUACAGUGCCGUGGUGUCUUGUCAUAUCUCAAACACUUUGUACAAUGCAUUUCUUGGAACAUCAUAGAAAAUAUAAAGUGGCCCUUACUGUGCACAAGGUGGUUCAAUGAGACUACAAAGGUAAAGUAAUCUUUUAUGGAUUGAGAGUUUACUUGAGAGACUGGAAGAACUUUGGCUUUUUUUUAAAUAGUGCUGUGUGAUCUUUAGUGCUCAUUAGGACAUUAAAGAUCACACUUCAGAACUACUGUAUCAUCAACACAAUUCUGUAAGCAAUUAGCUAAAGAAACAUUGGAACUUACGUAGUGAUCUUCAUAGACAUGCUAAAAUGCACUAAUAUCUAGACAUUGAUCUAUGAUGGAGUUCAUUUGAAAAGGAAAUUUCUGUAGUGUGAACUUACCAGAAGAAUAAACAUAUUUAGAACACAAGGAGCUAUUUGUCAAACUAUCUAUGUAAUGAUGUGAUUUUAUUCAAAUAAUUUGCAAUGUUCUCUCCUUUCUGUUUCCUGUUACAAUAUAGAACAAAUUUGAGGAGCCAAGUAGCAAACUGUUUUGGAUGUAUAUGUUUGUAAAACAGCUACCUUUGCUUUUGGAUUAUCAAUACAAGUUUAAAUAAACUUAAUAGAACUUUCA